AUGACAUUCAAAACUAUAGCUUCAAAAUCCGCUGCUUUACUCGACUCGGAACUCAUGUCAACAGGAGGAUUUACUCUUGAGCAAUUGAUGGAAUUAGCGGGUUUGUCCGUGGCUCAGGCAAUCUUUCAUCAAACACCGCCGCCAGGAAAAGUCCUAGUGCUUGUAGGCCCUGGUAAUAACGGCGGUGAUGGAUUGGUUGCCGCUCGUCAUUUGAAAUUAUUUGGUUACGAUCUAGCUUAUUAUUAUCCAAAGAAACUGGAGAGGGAACCCCACUAUGCAAAACUAGUUAAAGAGUUGGAAGAUUUGAAGGUGACUGAGUUGAAAGCGUUAGAGGAUACCAAGAGGUACAUGCAUCAAGUGGAUUUGAUUGUAGAUGCUUUGUUCGGGUUCUCCUUCAAGCCCCCACUUCGUGAGCCAUUUGGUGAAGUACUCACAGCUUUGAAAGCAGCCCGUGAAAAAGCUAUUAUAUGUUCAAUUGACGUUCCUCUGGGAUGGGAUGUUGAUAAUGGUCCAAUAGAUGAGGAAAUCAACUUUGACCCACAGAUGUUAGUCAGUUUGAGUGCACCCAAACCCUGCAGUCUCAGGUAUCAUGGUUAUCAUUGGUUGGGUGGCCGAUUUAUCAGUCCCGAAAUUGCCAAAAAGUAUGGUAUCGAAACUGUGACGAGCAGAUAUCGCGGUUGCGACCAAGUUGUUAGGUUAUAG